UUUACAGCCAAAAGAAUGUUCCCGUCAUAAUAAAUGCACAAUCCUGUUUGAGAGUAAGAAAGCAAGAGGAGUCUAGUUGACGGUGAAUGAGUAGUGUGCACGUUUUCUAUAUUUGGUGCUACGUGCGUGCGUGGUGUUUCGUGGCGCGGUUGUAAAACGGCCCCGCCAAUAGCGCGAAUUCCACGCAUGAGUGGGCGUGGCUCGCGUGCACUCGCCCUCACUGAUUUUUACGCGCGCCAUACGUGCUGACCAAAAAGGCAAGACAGCCAACCACAAUAUAAUCCGAGACACUACUGGGUUUAUUUUGGAUUAUUUUCCAACCAACCUUAAGUGACAUUUUUGCAUCUUUUUUGGGUGUGGGGAGGAGAGCGCGCAAUGCGGGUCUCGACGUGUCGUCCACGCCUGGCGUGAUAUUCCCGCGUGGGUCAUAAAAGUGUGUUUUUUAAUAUUCGUGUGGGUUUUUUUUUGUUUCUUUUUUUUAGAGUUUGUGUUUUACUCCAAUCAGUUUGGCCAUGACAGAGAUCAAAGAGAUGGAGAACGACUCUCAGCUGCAACUGACCAGCCAUCCGCUGCCGUCAAAGUUGCAGAGAUUGAAGCGCUCGUUGUCGUUCAUGCGCAGUAAGAGCGUUGAGAACUUCUUCCAGCGCUCCUACAGCGACGCCCGCCUCCCCCCCGAGCUCAUCACGGAGCCUGCGCCCCCCUCAUCGCCUUCACCGCCCCCGUCGGAGCUGAUGGGCUCGCCUAUUGGGAGCUCACGGCCCUCGCCGUCGCUGUCGCCGUCGGUCAGUCCCAACCCUUCCAUCGCCUCCCACUCGCCCUCGCUCAGACUUUCCCCGUCGCUGCCCCCCAAGCCCGCCCAGCCAGCUCAGAUCACGCACUGCUUCCACAAUCAUGUCUUUCGCAAGCCCACCAACUGCGAGCUCUGCAAGAACAUGAUCCUAGGAAACUCCAAACAGGCUUUGCGGUGUAAAACGUGCAAGCUGGCGGCACACCUGUGGUGCACUUCAGAACUCUCGCAGCAGCCGUGUUACGGAAAGUCGGGCGCCUUCAAGCGAAACUUCAGCUCACCCAUGCUCGUCACCGAACAACUAGCCGUCGUCAAGGAAGUCCAGCCCAGUCAAGAAGUGGUGCGGGCACGUGUGGACCCGGUCUACGCCGCCUUGCGCUACGGGACGUCGCUGGCGCAGAUGAGCCGCUCCAGUUUCGGCAGCAUGUCGGACUCGCCGACGCGCAGUUUGGGUGAGGCGGGUGAGGAGAGGCAGGAGAGACAGUGCAGCAUGGAGGAAGACAUCCUUCAGGAGGCAGGAGACUCGGUUGCCGCCGACAUUGAAGUGGAGAAGGAUCAAGACGAGGGUGCCAGUCAGGCUGAGACGCCUGCUGAGGUGCCUCCCAAACGAAUCGAGGUGCAUUCCAUGCAUACUUACGUGGCGCUCUACAGCUUUCUGCCUCAGGAACACAACGACCUGGAACUACACCCCGGUGAUCGGGUGCAAGUCACAGACGACUCCAACGAGGAGUGGUGGAAGGGCAAGAGCGGCGACAGGGUGGGCUUUUUCCCAGCCAACUUUGUGCAGCGGGUGCGUCCCGGCGAGAGAGUGUGGCGUGUCAUCCAGGGAACAUCCGCCAGCAGCUGCGGGAGAGGACACAUGGUAGUCAAGGAGGCGCAGAUCUGCGUGGGCAAGUGUGAGGACGGUGACACCUUGGUGAAGUUGAGCAGCGGCAAGAAGCGAGGCCUGGUGCCGGCACACUCCAUCGAGGAGAUCUGAGCUUCGCCAACAAUGACAUCACCUCCUCUCAUCAUUUUCGUCUUCUUUCUGCACUGAACGGAUGAAGUGGACCAGAAACAAAAAAGUUUUGCCCCAAAGUCUCCUCACUGUAAGUCUUAACGGAGAGCAACAUGGACUCUUGUUUGUUUACAUUUGGGCCACACGCUUCCUUCUUCCUUUCCGCUUGGCUGCGUUUCAUCACCCCCCACUUGAAAGAAAAGGUCGAAGAUGGAGAGGGCUAUGUGAUGUGAUUUUUUUUUUUUUUGGGGGGGGGGGAACAAUUCCCCUCGCUUGUCAGGCUUCAUUACAUUACAUUUAAAAACCACACAAACAAAAAAACAAAACAGUUUUCUUUAAGGGCAUAGUCCAAAUCCAAUUGCAAACAAUAAAUGCUUUUUCUUUUCAUGUAAAUAGGAACACAUUUAAUUUCAAAUGACACAUUCAGAGUAUGUUAAUAAAAUAUGAUGGAUGAAAGUUGGAUUAUCAAAUGAACAAAAUAGCGCAGCGAUGAAACAACAAACAAUCGAGUAAAUGCUUGAUUUUUUUUUUUUUUUUUUUGAAGGAAGUGCAACAUCAGUGUUCUUUUUCAGAAAUGAGGGAUGGUGACAAGGCUAUCAAUUACGGUGAAAAUAAUAUAAUGGAUAAAAGCUUUUUAGCAAAUUGCAACAUCAAUUUCAACCAGUGACUUUUUCACAUUUUGGUUCCAUCUGACGAGUCGAACGUGUGCCAUGAAGGAAGCGAAAAACAUUUUCGGCAUUCACACGAAUCCUGCACUCAUUCUCCUCAUCAAAUCAAGGAGAGCGGCAAUCCAAUGGAAGCGAGGCUCAUUCACAUAUCGAAUAUUAAUGAGGAGUGUGUAAAAGGAAAUCAAAGGUUGACCUUUACAAAUAAAAUCCAAAUUUGCUGAACGUAAAACACAACUUUAGCUUGAGAUUUUUUCACUUUUAAUGGAGCUCAUCUACCAUGAGUGGUAUCACACUUUGCGGCACUCGUAUUACUUCAUGUACAUUUUAAUUAAAUUAUAAUGAAGUGCACUUUUUUUUCUUUCUAUAUUGAAUCAAAAUGUGAAUGUUCAAACCGCCAAAUGUUGCAGUGGUUUCAAUAACGGUAAAUAUACUUUUUUUUUUUUAGGAGUGAAAGUUGUCUUGUUUGUGAUGAAUGUUUACUCCUAUUACGCUACUGUAUUUUAAUGUUAGUCAUGAUGGUUCUUUUUUUUUUUGUAGGUGGUACUAAAAAGUUUGAAAACAACUGUUCAAGACAGCUGGGCGACGCGAAAUUGCCAAGUUGUUUUGCUGCUCGGGCAUCAAAUUUUCACGAUCAUUUUGAUGAUUCGCCAUGAAAAGGAGGCACGAGGGCCCAUCCAUCCCUUCUUGGAGCUUUUAUUCGCAUUAUCCUGUAAAUUGAUGUUGUUUUCACUCAGUUUAGGACAAUCAUCUUUUUCCAAUUAAAAAAAAGACAAAAUUAGGUGUUUUUCAUUGGACUAACAUAGCCCGAAACCUCGUUGCCUUGUGCGCUCUUUGCUUUGCUCAGGACACAACACAUAAUUAAUGUGCUGUCUAAUGAACCCAAUUAAAAAAAAAAAAAAAAAAGAAAUCCAAUUAAAAAGGGGAGGUAAAGAUAGACCUGCAAGGAGGUGGUUCAGAUGAAAAGCCAUUUUGGUCUCAUUUCCAUGCAAAGGAUGUUCGGGCGGGCAGACAUUUGUAUGAGCUGAAGAAAACGAGUGCCGAGGAACGACGUGUGUGUCGAAGCGUGCCCUCUGAGUCAUCACUGAUCCAAAGUCACCUACCGUUCGGCUUCCCGUCGUCUGCCUUUCAUGUGGGAACGCUCACCGAUUCCCCCCCCCCCCGUAAAGGACACUUUGUUUCCGUCCCCUGCGUGAGGCCGCGCAGAGUCGAAGCCGAAAUCCUUUCAUCCUGGCGUUAGCUUCUAACCAUUUUUACGUGCUGAUUGUUGUAUUCCGUUGAACUGUGAAGACAUGAGCACAACUGGAUUAAGUUCAGGCGUGUUCACAUUGUAGCGUUCUAAACUAAAUUUUGUCAUUUGUUCUUCUCCGCAUCCUUCAAAUGUAAUUUGAAAUUUUUGUCCCUUCCAAUAAAUGGCUCAAAGU